AGUAAUGUAAAAACACUACUCAUCAUUCUAAAGACCACACCUCAUUUUGUGAAGACGUACUGUCAGACACAGCUAAUAAUGGAUUUAGAGGACAUUUAUCAAAAUGUUGAACGCAGAGAUAGGCCUAUAGAGGACAAAACUGGACCUCGAACAGAAGGGAAAGAUCAAAAGCACAGAGGUAGUAGAUGUUUGGUGUUGAUGACAGUGUGUCUCGGGCUCAUUUGUGUUCUUCUGCUGGUCUUCAUCAUACUGCAGCACAUCUCCAUCACAGCAGAGAGAGAAUCUCUGUUCAAGAGUUACAAGAACACAGCUGAAGAGUUUAAUCAGACCAUCAACAGCUUACAGCACAAUUACACUGAUCUAAUGACUGAAAAAGACCAACUGAAGAACAACUUCAACUCUCUGAGUCAGAAGAAACUGGAACUGGAGACCAGAGUCAAAGAUCUCACUGCUGAGAAAAGCCAGUUACAGAACAGCUUCAACUCUUUGAGUCAGAAGAAACUGGAGCUGGAGACCAGAGUCAAAGAUCUCACUGCUGAGAAAAGCCAGUUACAGAACAGCUUCAACUCUUUGAGUCAGAAGAAACUGGAGCUGGAGACCAGAGUCAAUGAUCUCUCUGCUGAGAAAAACCAGUUACAGAACAGCUUCAACUCUUUGAGUCAGAAGAAACUGGAGCUGGAGACCAGAGUCAAUGAUCUCUCUGCUGAGAAAAGCCAGUUACAGAACAGCUUCAACUCUUUGAGUCAGAAGAAACUGGAGCUGGAGACCAGAGUCAAAGAUCUCACUGCUGAGAAAAGCCAGUUACAGAACAGCUUCAACUCUUUGAGUCAGAAGAAACUGGAGCUGGAGACCAGAGUCAAAGAUCUCUCUGCUGAGAAAAGCCAGUUACAGAACAGCUUCAACUCUUUGAGUCAGAAGAAACUGGAGCUGGAGACCAGAGUCAAUGAUCUCUCUGCUGAGAAAAGCCAGUUACAGAACAGUUUCAACUCUUUGAGUCAGAAGAAACUGGAGCUGGAGACCAGAGUCAAUGAUCUCUCUGCUGAGAAAAGCCAGUUACAGAACAGUUUCAACUCUUUGAGUCAGAAGAAACUGGAGUUAGAGAAUGAACUAAGGAAGUUAUAUGAACAGGGAAAUGGCAGAUUCUUCAUGUCCAAUGAGUCGAAGAGCUGGUCUGAGAGCAGGCAGUACUGCAGGGAUCGAGGAGCUGAUCUGGUCAUUAUCAACACUGAAGUGAAGCAGAGGUUCAUAACUUCAUUCAUCAAGGGUGACAUAAGAGUGUGGAUUGGUUUGACUGACAUUGAGAACGAGGGCAACAUGAAAUGGGUGGAUAAUUCACCACUGAAACAAGGGUUUUGGUCCAAUGGUGAGCCAAAUGACGCCGAAAGAAAUGAGGACUGUGUUGAAAUAAUGCCUUCAAUUCCUGUCCUGAACUGGAACGAUAUCCCAUGCUCCAACAACAGAAAAGGGAUUUGUGAGAAAUAGGGUUCAUCCUGUCUUGUUGUGUUUUUACUUGCAUCAUUUUAUGGAAUCAUUCAUAUUGGGAUUACUGAUUGAGGUUUCUGCCUUCAUUUUAUAUAAAACGCUUUCAUGAUAUCGAUUUUGUUUUAUAAUUGUCAUAAUUUUCUGUCAUGUACAAAUAUCCAAGAGUGGAUAUUCAGAUAAAAGGAAAUGUAAAAAUCUCAUAAUUGUCUUAUAUAAUAUAAUCAACUCACAACAUCCAGUUUCUCACAGUGUGAAUUAGGGUGAUCUAGGACACCCAAACACUGAUCAUGUCAUUAUAAGCAACUUAAUAUGAUCUUAUUAUCAUGCAUCUCCUUUGUUUGUCUGAAGUGUUGAAGUCACAGUAAAAUCACAUUAAAAUAAUUUAAUAAUUGAAAUAAUUAACCCCUAUUAUUCUGAUAUUGAGUGUCUGUGAAACUGCUUUUGUUGAUUUGCCUUUUUUUUUUUUUUUUUUUUAAUAAAUUACCAUCAUUACCGUAGUAAACUUGCAAUGUUUUUUUUCACUUUUCAUUCUUGUGUAUCUUGCGCAAUGGAGAGAUUUCUUCCAGUCCAGCAGGAUGCAGCAGAGAGCAGGUUUAUCAGAUUGAAGUGAUCAGAGAGGAACAGAAAUAUCUGGAGUUUUUCUACCAGUUAGUAGAUAUUUUUAUAUUUUAAUCUUAAAAACUUUUGACACUAUCUGCACAUAUAUGCAAGGUAUUCUGAAAUCUGAUUGAGAAAUGAAAAAAUAGUCUGAUUCUAGCAGAUAAUUGAGAUCAGGGUCUGUUUAUUGUACCUCGCUUAAUAUAUCUGAGAUGAUUUGACAGAUGCCAGAUCUUCUAAUCAUGAUAACUGAACUCUGGCUAAUUUGGUCCUUCAAAUGUAUUUGUGGAUUGCAUUAAAAUAUCUGGAUUAAACUGUCUGAGAAUACUGCGUGUGAAAAGGGCAGAUGUAUUGAUACUCGAAACCACGAUCAGCAAUGCAGCUACUGGCUGGCAUCAAGACAACAAGGUAAUGACAUCAUAUAAUUAAAAAAGACACCUGAUGAAAUACUUGAUGAAUUUCUGGACCUUUAUAUGAAAAGUUAUAAUAGAUAAAUGAAAUGUGCAUUUUUUUUUUUUUUUUUUUUUUGAUUCCCAAUUAGGAUAUAUUCAUGAUUUUUAGUAUUUGUACAGGCUUUACAUUUUUAUUAUAAUGUUGUAAUUAGCAAUUCAUUUCAUUUUACCUUUGAAGCAGAUUUGUUGUGUGACAGCAUUAAUUAAAGUUUCUUAAGGGUCAAGAUCAAGUUAUCUGCAUCUCCUGCGCUUCAUCAAUCCACUCCUAUAAUAGCUGUCACGGUUCAAAUUAAUGCACGACGGCAUAGACUAUCUGUACAUCAUGUGUGUAAGACUCCAAUAAAAUUAUUAGGUAAUUAUUCCCUCACAAAUAAAUCUCUCAAUGAGUAAAACUGGCUGUGUCUAUAUUAUGAUAUACUACACGUCAUUAUAAUAUUAUUUGCAAAUGUAUUUUUAAAUCAUUAUUAUUGUCCCUGGUUCAUAUUAGGGUACACUAGGGUAAGAAAGUAGUGGCUGGGACAGACUUUAAAGGGUUAUUUCACCUAAAAAUGAAAAUUCUGUCAUUAAUUACUCACCCUCAUGUCAUUCCACAAACUAACUAAAACCUCUCUUUUUUUUUUUUUUUUUUUAACAAACACUUGAACUUACAUUAGCAUGAUAAAAACUACAUAAAAUGAAAAAAAAAAAACAUCUUUGGAAAAAAAUAUUUAAAAUGUAAUUUAGUUGUUUCGUUUGUCUCACAUCCCAUUAAAUUACAUAGAGAGGGCGG